CAGCAGCUCCUCUCCGUGUCUUGCAGCUGACCCUCGUUUGGAGAUACCUUGACAGUGCGUGUGAUUGACCACAGUUCAGUUUGCUUUGAUCAGAGGACAAGUAGAUGUGUUCACCUUGCGCUCCUAAGACUCUUCGGAACGCUGGGUCCGAAUCUGUUGGAUUCGAGUCAAGACAUCGCCUCUCCUUGUCACAAGCUGUAGAAACAUUGAUGAACUUUUGUUCCUCCAUCGCAGCUGUUUUCAGAACAAGGAUAGUUUUACAUUGGCCAGUCGUUUGACAUCCCAGCUCCCGUGUCUGGAACUGAGGAUGGGUCGCUGAUCCCAGAACCCGCUGUGUGAUCUAUCAGCUCUGUGAUUGUUCCGUUCUGGUUCCGGUCGCUACCUGCUGCCAUGGCAAAGAGCCCGGAGGUAAAGCUGGCCGUUUUCGGAAGAGCAGGAGUGGGUAAAUCAGCUCUAGUGGUGAGGUUUCUGACCAGACGUUUCAUCUGGGAGUAUGACCCAACGCUUGAAUCAACAUAUCGGCAUCAAGCAACCAUAGACGAUGAGGUUGUGACCAUGGAGAUCCUUGACACAGCCGGACAGGAGGACACGCAGCAGAAGGAGAGCCACAUGCGCUGGGGCGACGGCUUCGUCAUUGUCUAUGACAUCACUGACCGGGGCAGCUUCGACGAAGUGGCUCCUUUACGGGGCCUCCUAGAGGAAGUUAAGAAACCCAAGAAUGUCCCGUUGGUUCUGGUGGGCAACAAGGCCGACCUGGAACAUGCCCGACAGGUGGGCACAGAGGAGGGCGAGCGGCUGGCCGCCGAGAUGGCGUGCGCCUUCUACGAGUGCUCGGCCUGCGCCGACGAGGGUGGCAUGGUGGCGGAAGCAUUCCAUGAGCUGUGUCGCGAGUUGAGGCGCCGCAAGGCGGUCCAGGGCAAGGCCAGGCGCCGUAGCUCCACCACCCACGUCAAGCAGGCCAUCAACAAGAUGCUGACCAAGAUCAGCAGCUAGGGGGAGCUGCUGAGCACACUUCACAAAGAGGAUAAACUCAAGACCAACUAAAGAACAAAGUGACUGAUUUCAAGGGUUUAGAUGUGUGGAAAUAUACCAAACACCCAUCCCAGCUGCUAAGGAGCAGGAUGAUUAAAUUAUGAAUGAACAGCGAACCUCUUCAUACUUAGUAUCAAUGCACAAUCAAUUAAGAUUUGCAUUGAUACCGAGUGUGCCGAAAAUCGCUCUUCAUUCAACACUGAUUCUAAAGGGGAAAGCUGUUGGCUAUUAUUACUUUCUCUUUGACCAUGCUCCACAACAAAGGGGAACAUAAGAAUCACAUGAUGGGAACUACUUUGUCCCUGAGGGAGGUGAAGAUGCUUUUGUUUCAUAGCCAACUGGGACAUUUCUGUAAACUGCCAAGGAAGAGGGUAGAAAGAAUCCGUUAUUUAGAAGUCCCAAUUCUUCCUUCUUGAGCAGCAUGGUGAAUACGCCAGUUUUGUAUCUAUAGCUCCACCAACUUUAAACAAAAUAUACAAAAUAAUGUCCAUCAUGAACCCAACCUUUUGUUUAUCAGAAAUGAUGGACAAACGAUUUGUAGUUUCCUCUCCCUGUAGAUUGUUUGUGGGAUAAUGUUUUGAUAUGGUCUAGGCCAGUGUUUCCCAACCCUGGUCCUCCAGUACCCCCAACAGUACACAUGUUUAUUGUAACCCUGGACAAGCACACCUGAUUCAACUAGUCAGCUAAUCAUCAAGCCCUCAAUGAGUUGAAUGAGGUAUGUUAGUCCAGGGCUACAAUGAAAAUGUGUACUGUAGUCGAGGACCAGGGUUGGGAAACACUGCUCUAGGCCAACGGAUGUAUAGUUGUUCUUUGAGGAGCGUUGAAGGAUUCAUUGAAACAUCAACAGAGUUAUCAUGGUCUUACAUCACUAUGCUGUCCGUUUGCAGAGCUCUGUUGGCCUUGGGUACUUGUUGACCUUAGACAUAUCCUCUGAGCUGGGACAUGAGUUGUCAAAUAAACAAUUAUUCACCAUCUAUCCACAUGAUAAUGUCCAUCAUACUAUUUUGACAUCAAACAAUGUCACCCCCACCCAAACCUCAACCACCAUGUCAUAUCAAGCAUAGAAGGACUCCAUGUAUUUGUCCAGGAUAGAGCUAUAGAGAUCCUAUCUCAAAUACAUUCUCAUCUAAAGAACCUAAAACAAGAUCAAAUAACACAGAGGCUGAGCGGAGGGGCCCAAAGAUUUCAGUUUGUAAAUCAAUGCUAAUACUGUUUCAUGGUACCGUCCGUCCAGGGAAAUAGUUGCCAUCUAUCAUUCCGGUUCACAUUCCAGGGACGUUGUUUAUGGACGUUAAAUGUACCUUUAAUUGUAAACUAUGUAUAAUAUUGCCUUUAUCAUUUAUCUCAAAGAAGUGUACAGUACAUAACCCAGAGGCAGACAUGGUGGACAUGACUCCUGUAUUUUAACAAAAUGCUGUUUCUUUGUUCUCCAAUGUACCCAACCUGUCUCUGAGUUUUGAGCAUGGGAUCAAAUGGCCAAAUUUGCUGUGCAAUUGUAAUUAAACAUUAGA